AGAAAAUAAACCGACGAAUAAUGUGAAUGGAACAUGUUGUAUUUAAUCUGUUAAUAAAUAGUAUUUAAUUUGUCAAAUCUGCUAAAUUUAUUACGGAGUACGGUCGUUAGAAACUGAUUAUUAUAGGAGUUUGAAAAAGGUGCUUCUGCCAUAUUAUUAGAGAAAUUAACUAAUAUAUUAUAUAUUAAAGGCUAAAAAAAAACUUGCAUUGCUAAAUGCAAGUUUUUUUGAGGUGUGUCACGCCUACAGCCUAGCAACACUAGAGGCUGCGUGGAUGAAGCAGAUGAAACAUCAUGUUAUUAAUCUACUUCUUCUUUUAUAUUGAUAUUGGUGCAAACGUAUAUCUGUAAGUAUUUCUAAGUGUACCUAAUUAAUUGUAAGGCUGGCUGCUCGACUGUUUGAAAGCCGAGCAGGCCAGCCUUCAAAAAAUCCAAAAUUAAAGAACUUUCUGCCAGAUUAGUCAACUGAAAUACCUUGAAUUUAGUGGUAAUCGUGCAUAAAUCUCGAAAUUCUAGCAAAUGACCUCAAUUUUUUUAAAUCAUUAUGCAGCAACUCAUUAUGACUUGGUCAUAAAAAUAAUAAGUGGUCGCUAAAAUUUGCACACUAGUGUCAAAUUAAUUAAACUGGGUUUUAUUAAUUAUAACCUGUAUACAAAUAGUUACCCUGAAAAUUCCUGGGUAAAGUUCAUACGUAUAGUUUUAACAGAGUUUAAAUAAGGUCUUAAUUAUAUAUUAUAAAGAAAUUAAAUUUAAAAGAAUGAUGUAGUUUCUGCAAAAAAAUGUCUAAACUUUUUUCCUUCUGAUUGGUACCUAUUGUAUCUUAAGUAAAAAACGUAAAAGAUAUUUGAUCAAGAUCAUAAAAUACCAAUUUUGUCCAAGAGUCCGGUUUUGGAAUUCUUAUAUAUUUGCUGCAGUAGAUGUGCAACGCAUCACUCAGCUUCCACUGUCUGAAAAACCUCAACCAUGCUUAAACUGAUCAUUGUCGCCCUCUUCGCCGUGUUGGGUUUCGCGGCCGCCCACCCUCCUUUAGGAGCUGUGGCGUACAGCACUCCCUACUACCCCGCUUCCGUAGCCUAUCCCGCUCCCUCCUCCUACUCCGCAUCAGUAGCCUACCCUGCACAUUACUCGUACUCUGCCUAUCCCGCGUACCCUUACUCCGGAUUCUCGACUUAUGCCGCCCCGUACGCGUACAGCGGCUAUCCCUACGUGUUCAAGAAGUGAACAAGACUGAUGAAUGACAAAAAUUACCACGGACAGUUACUUGAUGUUAAUCGUUAAGUGAUUGACAAUAAAUGUUUUCUUGCUGGUUUUA